AUGAGCAAGCCCAGCGACGAUCUGAACGAGCUUAAGCAUGAGGCUGACCAACUGUCUGAUCGCCUACUGAGGUCUGCAAGCAAAGAUGAAGCGCUUGAGAUCGCCAUCCGGGCCGCGGAGACGUCUAUGAAAGCCUUAAGGCUGACCAAAGAUCCCAAUGAGAAGGCGAAGCUCUCGCGACGGUUCGAGCAGCUGGUGCAGGAAGCUGAGCGGAUCAAGCAUAGCAAAGACUGGCGAGAGCGAUUGCGAGCUAACAGCUUGCGGUCUCAAACCCACCAUGAGUCCACCGGUAAGACGUCAGCACUGCUCAGAGAACCGCAGACGACACGCGCACUUCCCAAGUCUGAACAGAUACUUCUUCUGAAGGCAGGCUUUCUCAAUGGCUUCAAGUUCCCGCCUUGGGACACCGCACCGGCGCCAGACGAGUUCCAAGUUAAGGCCGGUGAGGGAUUAGACACGCCGGAGCUACCCUUGUCCGAGUUUCAAGAGGGCAUGCUCGAUGAUUGGAAGCGGCCGCAGGAUGCUCUUCCGCCACCAUCAUGGUUUCCGGUUGACCGUACCAAUCUUGGCCCGAGCAUGACCUUUACUCGACGCAUCGAUCUUGUGCAGGAUGCUGCCACCGACUGUUCGGUCGUGGCUUCGUUGUGUGCUGUCGUUGCUAGAGCUGAACGUGGCCAUGCAAAGAUACUAAGGAAGGUCACUCACCCGUAUGACGCAGAGAACGGUCGACCUUCGAUGUCGAAGAACGGCAAGUACAUAGUCCGCCUGAACUUCAAUGGGUGUCACCGUAAGGUGGUUAUUGACGACCGUUUGCCCGUGAGCCGCACCACCCAGGCCAUCCACGUGGUAGACCGCCAUAACCCGGGCCUACUCUGGCCCGCACUGAUCGAGAAGGCGUACCUUAAAGUCCGCGGUGGCUACGCCUUCCCGGGAAGCAAUUCCGCAACGGAUUUAUGGAUACUGACCGGCUGGAUCCCAGAGCAAGUAUUUAUGCAGAGCGAUGAGCUGGAACCGGACCGGUUUUGGAAGCGUAUCUUGACCGCCUUUGACUACGGCGAUGUGAUGGUCACUAUGGGUACUGGUAAGAUGACUGCGAAGACGGAACGUGAGCUCGGCUUGGCUGGAGAACACGACUACGCCUGCUUGGAUCUGCGGGAAGUUGACGGGCAGAGGCUACUCCUCAUCAAGAAUCCUUGGUGCGAGGGGACAAGCUGGCGUGGAAAGUCCUCACGCGAUCUACUCAAUGCUGACGAACAGUUGUCUCCUGGGACAUUCUGGAUGGAUCUCGACAAUGUCGUACAGCAUUUCGAAUCGAUGUAUCUCAACUGGAACCCUGGCCUCUUCGGAUACCGGGAGGACAUGCACUUCGCUUGGGACCUUUCGCGUGCAGGUAGAGCCGGCAAUGUGCCUCGAGGGCGAUUUGCGAGCUUGAGUGCACACCCUCAGAUGACCGUCACUGCUACGCAGGGUGGCACAGUCUGGAUACUUCUCUGGCGGCACUUCAAAAACGCUAUAUCUGAGGGUGCUACGGAGGAAGAGAUUGCGGAGGGAUGCUACGACAUUGACCUCUGCGGGCAUAUCGCACUAGUCGCCUUCUCUGUACAAGGACGACGUGUACUGCUACCCGAGAAGCACAUUGCCAAGGCGUGGUUCGUGGACAGUCCACAAACGCUUCUAAAGCUUGAUGACUGCAUGCCGGGACAAGUUUACACUAUCGCUCCACUCGAGCAGGACUUAGCGGCUGUCGAACACACAUUUACGCUAUCGUGCUUUGCUAAUUCGCCUCUGCUGCUGGUACAAGCCGCCGAGAGGUCACAGUAUGCCCAUACACUUACCGCGGCCUGGACCAAAGAAACAGCCGGAGGAAACGCACACAGUCCAAAAUACUCGGUCAAUCCGCAGUUCUCGAUCGCUGUGCCGCAGAAGACGCGUAUUAGCCUGCUGCUUGAGGCAAUGAAUGAGGACCUGAAUGUGCAUGUCAAGCUAGUGCAUGGCCAAGGACAGCGAAUACACACGAUCCGGAAUCGAGACAUCGUCUUCGACAGCAAGGAGUACAGCCGCGGCUGCUGCCUAGCGGAGCACGCUGAGCUGGAAGCAGGCCAGUACACGAUCGUCUGCAGCACAUUCGAGCCAGACCAACUCGGUGUUUUCAUCCUACUCAUCGAGUCGAGCCAACCAACGCGAGUGGCUAUGCUACCACGAGAGGGAGCGGGCCGUAUAACGCUAGAGCUGAGUGCUGUAGCCUUCAAGCGUGGCGAGAGUAGAGUUGCUGCCCCAUUAGCACCAAGGCGGCUUGUCAGACUCUACGCCGUGGUACGCCACCUCGACUCCGGUGGGGUCGCCAGAAGAGCCACCUCGGGUAGUCGAUCGCUCGUGCGGUUGAGUAUCGAGAGCGGCCGUGGCCCGAAUCGACGGAUUCACAUCGCUUCUGGUGAAGGAGACUACGCUGACUGCGCGGGUGGCGUCGUCAGGACGGAAGAUAUUGAAAUCCAGCCAGAGAUGGUCACCCGAGGCAAAGAUCUGUGGUUAGUACUGGACCGGAUGUAUGCGAGUGGUGAAGCGGAGGACGAGAGGUUCUCGGUGGAGCUGUUUGUGGACCAGCCUGAUGCGGUGACUUGCGGCGUGUGGAGAGGUUGGGAUGAUUAA